GCUCCGUGCCGUUUCGUGAGAUUUGAGGGAAAUUGGAACUGGGCCCCAGACCCUAGAUCUGCCCAUACGAGACCGGGUUCAGUACCGUUCAGAAGAUAUUACGAGUCGGUUUUCCGUUGUAGUUCGUUCUUCUGGCAGAUCCAAUCUCAACACUUGUUCCCUCAAUUUCGCAGAUUCGCGGCAAUAUGUCAUAAAAGUCGUAUAGAGCAAUCCUCCCACAGGUCAAAUUAUUGACCCUCAUUGUUCAUACCCACCGAGUACACUAUUCAUCAUAAUGAACUUUCAACUCCGAAGAAGUAUUCCGAUUUACCAGAAGCCGCUCAUAUCCGCUGCAGUUCCAACCUUUCUUUUCACAGCCACGAGAGCCACAGCUUUGUCUGCUUCGCCAUGCCAAAAUGGCGGUCCAUGGCAUACACCAGUGAAUCCAACCUGGAGACAGGAUCGCUUCUACGGAAUAACUCGACGGGAACCAAGGCAAGUAAAGCAUAUCGUAGACGUUAUGACAGUCUAUCUGUCAGGUCGUCGGCUUCGAUCAAAAGCCGAAGAUUUGAAACGUGACGUCAGACUCCAUUCGAAAGUGGCUGCAACGGUCAAUAUGAAACUAAUUCCCGCCUAUAUGACCUUGCUCGACUUAACGAUGAAGAUGGUGGCGAAUGCGAACCCCCCUGAGCUAUGGAACCAAAGUCAAAAUGGGGAAACGUUUCGCAAACAAUUUCCAGAAUCUCUACGGCGCACAGUGAAGUGGAUACAAGACAAUUCCAAAGCAAUCAAACCUCCUCCAAAUAGCGUGGUCGAUCUGGCACAGUCGGCCGUCAGACCCUUUGAGGAUGCCCGGGACUUGUGUCUUACAACGCAAGACCGCUUGGGCAGAAUACAUGAGCAGAUCAUGGACAUGCAACAUGAUGUUAGCAUUUUCAACAUAGAGCUAGAACGGGCAGACAAAAUAUACCCCAGAGACAAAAAACUGCUGGAGCAAACACGUGAUAACGCAAAAGGUCGCCAGUUUGUCACACAGAACGAAGCAUAUUUAGACGCUCUGAGGGAUGAAAAGUACGCUAAAAGUGCGAUAAAACUACUUAAUGAGCGUGUUCAACCGGAUUUCGACAGCGGGGAGCUCAAGAAUCUUGGGGCCGAGGUUAGUCUGUUACUAGAUCGCACCAUCGCCCAGAAAGACGUUUUGGAGCGGAUAUUAACAGAUCACGUGCGGGUGACGGCGACGACGGCCAACACCUGGUUUCGACCGGUAUUCCACCAUCUAUUCGCCGAGAAAAUCUUGGAUAUACUGGCUCUGGCUCCCCCAUCCGAGGUGAUGGUUCCAUACAUGCGAAGCAUCCUCGCCCUUCUUUCAUGGCCCGGUACUUCUAUUUUGACACCAAACUCGGACAGCCUUGCGAGAUGGAGAAGAAGACCGCAGGCCAAUUUAAAAGUACGCUUAGAGGAAAUUGUAAAUAUGGCAGAGGGCUAUCAGAAGCGAUUCCCUUGUCAGGAGUCCGAGUCUGUCCUUAAGCGGUAUAUGAACUGAUCUCGCUACAAUGUCUGUAGAUAGCUGGAUACUUACCCUAUGUUGAGCGUAUACUUUAGAAAACAGAGAGGGGUAUUGAAACAUCGAUGUAAAUUCAUGAAACUUGUCCAUUAUUCUGCGCUUUCAGUGCAGAAAUAAUAAAUACA